AUGAAUAGAUCAAAGAUAGCAAUGAGAAAUUGGCGUUUGCUGUAUGCGACUCGAAAAUGUUAUGCAAAGGAUGGUGUUUCUACUGAUUUAAAAAUUACUGACAACUGUGUUAAUCGACUACGGGAAGUUGCCAGCACUGGAGAGCAUCUGAGAAUAGUGGUCGAUGGUGGUGGCUGUUCCGGUUUUGAGUAUAAAAUGAGUUUAGACAGUAAAAUCAAUGAUAAUGAUUUUGUUUUCUGCAAAGAUCACAUUAAAGUCGUUGUAGACGAGAUAUCACUUCAGUUUUUGAAGGGUGCAACAGUAGAUUAUUUGGAAGAUUUGAUGCGAUCAUCAUUUCGUAUCAUUGAUAAUCCAGUCGCCGAGAAGGGUUGUUCGUGCGGAUCAUCAUUUGCUAUCAAAAUGGAUUAG